GAAGAACUUGGAGAAAGUGGGAAUCUGUACAUUUCAGCCACCAUGUCUGGAAUUGGCAAUAAACGGACGGCUGGAGAGCCUGGCCCUUCUGCACCUCCGGAGAAGAAGGCAGGGGUUGAAGAUUCAGGCACCACUGUGGAGACCAUUAAACUUGGUGGUGUUUCUUCAACGGAGGAGCUGGACAUCCGGACCUUGCAGACCAAGAACCGGAAGCUUGCGGAGAUGCUCGACCAGCGCCAGGCCAUCGAAGAUGAGCUGCGGGAGCACAUUGAGAAGCUGGAGCGUCGGCAGGCCACCGACGAUGCCUCUCUGCUGAUCAUCAACCGCUACUGGAAUCAGUUUGAUGAAAAUAUCCGCAUCAUCCUUAAACGCUUCGACCUGGACCAAGGUCUUGGAGACCUUUUGUCUGAAAGAAAAGCACUGGUGGUGCCAGAACCUGAACCAGACUCAGACAGUAAUCAGGAGCGCAAAGAUGAGAGGGAACGAGGGGAAGGACUGGAGCCAGCGUUCUCCUUCCUGGCCACUCUAGCCAGCAGUACCAGUGAGGAGAUAGAAUCUCAGCUGCAGGAGCGUGUAGAGUCCUCCCGCCGUGCUGUUGCCCAGAUUGUGACAAUGUAUGACAAGUUGCAGGAGAAGGUGGAUGUGCUGUCUCACAAGCUGAAUAGUGGAGGUAUGACCAAGUUCUCCAAGCUGCAAGAGAGGGUGGACACAGCAGAAUCCCGGGUGUCUGUCCUGGAGACCAUGAUUGAUGACCUUCAGUGGGACAUUGACAAGAUCCGCAAGAGAGAGAGCAGAGGCGCAGCCACCACCUGGCUGAUCUUGUUCUCCAUCUCCAUGAAAGUCCUCAAGAAGGUUGACAGAAGUGUGGUUUGUUGCAGAGGUGUUUCUGUUUUUUCAGGCCCCAUUAAUCGGGAAAUGCGUCACCUCAUCAGCAGCCUCCAGAAUCACAACCACCAGCUGAAGGGAGAGGUGCUGAGAUACAAGCGCAAACUGAGAGAGGCCCAGUCUGACCUGAGCAAGAUCCGCUCUCGCAGUGGUAGUGCUCUCCUCCAGUCCCAGUCCAGCACUGAAGACACAAAGGAGGAACCUGCAGAGAUCAAGCAGGAGCCUGAUGAUCCUUCUGCCCAAGGGACUGUUCUCAAGGCUGCUUCUGAAGAUGGUAAUGAGAUGAAGGCCAGGCGAGAUGAAGAAGAACAGGAGUGAGAGAGACAGGGAAGGGAGAGGCAAGAGAAGGAAAAGGAGAAGGAGCAAGAGAAAGAGAAGGAAAAGGAGUGAGAGUGGGAAAGGCAGAAGCAGAAGGAAUCUGAGAAGGAGAGAGAGUCCAAAGAGAAGGUGAAAGGGAAGCGUGAAAAUGGGAGAAAGGAGGCUGAAGUGAUCAAGCAGCUGAAGGCUGAGCUCAAGAAGGCCCAGGAGAGCCAGAAGGAGAUGAAACUGUUGCUAGAUAUGUACCUCUCUGCCCUCAAAGUGCAGAGAGACAAAGUGCAGCUUGUGGCAGCUGAGAAGAAGGCAAAAGCUGAGCUUGAAGAACUGAGGCAGAGGGUGAAAGAAUUGGAGGACAAGGAAAAAAAGGAGAGUAAGAAGAUGGCUGAUGAGGAUGCCCUCCGCAAGAUCCGAGCAGUGGAAGAACAGAUUGAAUAUUUACAGAAGAAACUUGCCAUGGCUAAGCAGGAGGAAGAGGCCCUGCUGUCAGAAAUGGAUGUCACAGGCCAAGCCUUUGAAGACAUGCAAGAGCAGAACAUCCGCCUGAUGCAGCAGCUGCGGGAGAAGGAUGAUGCCAACUUCAAGCUGAUGUCAGAACGUAUCAAGUCCAACCAGAUCCAUAAGCUGCUGAAAGAGGAAAAGGAGGAGCUAGCAGACCAAGUUUUGACACUGAAAACACAGGUGGAUGCCCAGCUGCAGGUGGUACAGAAGCUGGAGGAGAAGGAACACUUACUGCAGAGCAGCAUUGGAACAGGAGAGAAGGAGCUGGGGCUGCAAACACAGGCCCUGGAGAUGAAAAAACGCAAGGUCACCAUGGAUGCAGCCCAGCUUGCAAAUGAUCUGAAGACCCAGCUAGAGCUGGCUCAGGAGAAGUUACAUGAAGAGAUUGUGAAAAACAGAGUAACUAGAGAGAACUUCAAAAGGGCUGAGGAAGAUAUUUCUAGGUUGCGCAGGAAGCUGGAGACCACAAAGAAGCCUGACAUGGUUCCCAACUGUGAUGAGAUCCUGAUGGAGGAAAUCAAGGAUUACAAGGCCUGCCUGACGUGCCCAUGCUGCAACAUGCACAAGAAGGACAUGGUGCUCACCAAGUGCGUCCAUGUCUUCUGCUUUGAGUGCAUGAAGACGCACUACGACACCCGGCAGCACAAGUGCCCCAAGUGCAUAGCAGCCUUUGGGGCCAAUGACUUCCACAGGAUCUACAUCGGCUGA